AAAAAAUCUCAAAGUUUAUUGAAGAGAAUCGAAAAUGCCGAAACCAGUUGUACAGGAGGGAGAUGAUCCCGAUCCAACGCCAUAUCUUUUUGUUACUUUGGAGCAGAAGAGAAUUGAUCAGUCGAAACCCUACGAUGCGAAAAAAGCUUGCUGGGUACCUGAUGAGAAGGAAGGAUAUCUCCUCGGUGAAAUUAAAGCGACCAAAGGAGAUAUUGUCUCGGUUAUCCUACCUGCUGGAGAGACAGCGAGAAUCAGUCUAUGUUGAUUACUGGUGAAUCUGGAGCUGGUAAGACUGAGAACACGAAGAAAGUAAUUGCGUACUUCGCCACUGUCGGUGCGUCAACGAAGAAGACCGACGAGACCAGCAAGAAGAAGGGAUCUCUUGAGGAUCAGGUUGUCCAGACCAAUCCUGUACUUGAGGCCUUCGGUAACGCCAAGACCGUCCGUAACGAUAACUCGUCACGUUUCGGUAAAUUCAUCCGUAUCCACUUCGGUCCUUCUGGAAAAUUGGCUGGUGCUGACAUUGAAACCUACCUGCUGGAGAAGGCCCGUGUCAUCUCUCAACAGGCGCUGGAGCGUUCUUACCACAUCUUCUACCAGAUGAUGUCCGGCUCCGUCAAGGGACUCAAGGAGAUGUGCCUGUUGUCCAACGACAUCAAUGACUACUACUUCGUAUCACAGGGAAAAACGACGAUUCCUGGUGUUGAUGAUGGAUCAACUUCACCAACGAGAAGUUGCAACAAUUCUUCAAUCACCACAUGUUCGUACUUGAACAAGAGGAAUACAAGAAAGAGGGAAUCGAAUGGGCAUUCAUUGACUUCGGAAUGGAUUUGCUAGCGUGUAUUGAACUUAUUGAAAAGCCCAUGGGUAUCCUCUCGAUUCUUGAGGAAGAGUCUAUGUUCCCCAAGGCCACGGAUAAGACCUUUGAAGAGAAAUUGAACAACAAUCAUCUUGGCAAGAGUCCCAAUUUCCUCAAGCCCAAACCACCAAAGCCUGGCCAGCAGGCGGCCCACUUCGCCAUUGGUCAUUACGCCGGUAAUGUACCUUACAACAUCACUGGAUGGCUUGAGAAGAACAAGGAUCCGUUGAACGACACUGUUGUCGACCAGUUCAAGAAGUCGACCAACAAACUGUUGGUGGAGAUCUUCGCUGAUCAUCCAGGACAAUCUGGUGGUGGUGGUGAUGCCAAAGGUGGACGUGGUAAAAAGGGUGGUGGCUUCUCGACUGUAUCGUCAUCGUACAAGGAACAGUUGAACAAUCUCAUGACAACAUUGAGAGCCACUCAACCUCACUUCGUUCGUUGUAUCAUUCCCAACGAGCUGAAACAACCUGGUGUCAUUGAUUCCCACCUUGUGAUGCAUCAGCUCACUUGUAACGGUGUACUUGAGGGUAUCCGUAUUUGUCGUAAAGGUUUCCCCAACAGAAUGAACUAUCCUGACUUCAAACUUCGGUACAAGAUAUUGGCACCAGCUGGCGUUGAUGCUGCAGGCGGCGAUCCAAAGAAAGCAGCAGCUGCUAUUUUGGAUGCAUCUGGUCUCGAUCCUGAUCAAUAUCGUCUUGGACACACCAAGGUAUUCUUCCGUGCCGGAGUGCUGGGUCAGAUGGAAGAACUCCGUGACGAGCGUCUGAGCAAGAUAGCAGCAUGGAUGCAGGCAUAUGCCCGAGGUUAUUUAGCUCGCAAGGACUUCAAGAAACUCCAGGAGCAGCGACUCGCUCUUCAAGUUGUCCAGCGAAACUUGCGCCGAUACUUGAAACUUCGUACCUGGCCCUGGUGGAAGCUCUGGCAGAAGGUCAGACCACUCCUCAACGCCAGUCGCAUCGAGGACGAGUUGGCGGAACUCCAGGAGAAAUGCCGUGCAACGCAAGAGGCAUUCGAGCGAGAGGAGAAGGCACGUAAGGAACUGGAAUCACUGAACACCAAAUUGUUGACCGAAAAGACCGAUCUCCUCCGUCAAUUGGAGGGUGAGGCUGGAUCCCUCCAGGAAUACCAGGAGAAAUCAGUGAAAUUGGCGGCCCAAAAACUGGAUCUUGAGUCCCAACUAUUGGAUGUGACCGAGAGACUGCAGCAAGAAGAAGACGCCAGGAACAAUCUCUUCCAGAAUAAAAAGAAAUUGGAACAGGAAGUGUCUGGACUGAAGAAGGAUGUGGAGGACCUUGAGCUGGCAAUCCAGAAAUCCGAACAGGAUAAGGCAACGAAGGACCACCAGAUCAGAAAUUUGAAUGAUGAAAUAGCGCAUCAGGAUGAGCUGAUCAAUAAAUUGAAUAAAGAGAAGAAGAGCCAGGGUGAAUCCAAUCAGAAGACGGCGGAGGAGCUCCAGGCUGCUGAAGACAAGGUCAAUCAUCUCAACAAAGUUAAGGUUAAGCUUGAGCAGACCCUUGACGAACUUGAGGAUACCCUCGAGCGCGAGAAGAAACUCCGGGCCGAUGUUGAGAAAGGGAAGAGGAAGACUGAAGGUGAUCUCAAGUUGACCCAGGAAGCCGUGGCCGAUCUUGAGCGCAACAAGAAGGAGCUCGAGCAGACGAUUCAACGUAAAGACAAAGAAUUAUCAUCUCUCACUGCCAAGCUUGAAGAUGAACAGGGACUCGUUGGUAAACUACAGAAACAAAUCAAGGAAUUGCAGCAGCGUAUUGAGGAGCUCGAGGAAGAGGUGGAGGCUGAGAGGCAGGCACGUGCCAAGGCUGAGAAACAGCGAAGCGAUUUGGCUAGAGAACUUGAAGAACUUGGUGAACGUCUUGAAGAGGCUGGUGGUGCUACCUCAGCCCAGAUUGAACUCAACAAGAAGAGAGAGGCCGAACUCGCUAAACUACGCAGGGAUCUUGAGGAAGCCAACAUUCAGCAUGAAUCAUCACUCUCCAGUCUUAGGAAGAAGCACAAUGAUGCCGUUGCUGAAAUGGGAGAGCAGAUCGAUACUCUCAACAAACUCAAGGCUAGGAUUGAGAAAGAAAAGGUUCAGUACUUCACUGAAUUGAACGACCUUCGUGCAUCUGUUGAUCAUCUGAGCAACGAGAAGGCUGCCCAAGAGAAGAUCGCCAAACAGCUGCAGCACCAGUUGAACGAGGCCCAAGGCAAGAUCGAGGAAUUGAAUCGUACAGUGAACGAUUUCGAUGCUGCGAAGAAGAAGCUGUCAAUCGAGAACAGCGAUCUCCUCCGUCAGCUGGAGGAGGCCGAGUCCCAGGUGUCCCAACUCUCCAAGAUUAAGAUUUCGCUGACAACUCAGCUGGAGGAUACGAAACGCCUUGCGGACGAGGAAGGCCGUGAGCGUGCAACACUCCUCGGCAAAUUCCGCAAUCUGGAGCACGAUCUUGACAACAUCAGGGAACAAGUUGAGGAAGAGGCAGAGGGCAAGGCAGAUCUCCAGCGUCAAUUGAGCAAGGCAAAUGCCGAGGCCCAACUCUGGCGUUCAAAAUACGAGUCGGAGGGUGUAGCAAGGGCAGAAGAACUCGAGGAAGCUAAACGUAAACUCCAGGCACGUCUUGCUGAGGCUGAAGAGACAAUCGAGUCACUCAACCAGAAGGUCAUUGCCUUGGAGAAGACGAAGCAGCGUCUUGCAACUGAAGUUGAGGAUCUGCAGAUCGAGGUGGACCGAGCGACAGCUAUUGCCAAUGCAGCUGAGAAGAAGCAGAAGGCAUUCGACAAGAUCAUUGGUGAGUGGAAGCUCAAGGUUGAUGAUCUUGCUGCUGAGCUCGACGCAAGUCAGAAGGAGUGCAGAAACUACUCGACUGAGUUGUUCCGUCUCAAGGGUGCUUACGAGGAGAGCCAGGAGCAGCUCGAGGCUGUUCGCAGGGAGAACAAGAAUCUCGCUGAUGAAGUUAAGGAUCUGCUUGAUCAGAUUGGCGAGGGUGGUAGGAAUAUCCACGAGGUUGAGAAGGCAAGGAAGCGCCUGGAGGCUGAGAAGGAUGAGUUGCAGGCAGCUCUUGAAGAGGCUGAGGCUGCCCUUGAACAGGAGGAGAACAAAGUCCUUCGUGCACAGCUCGAGCUCAGCCAGGUCAGGCAGGAGAUUGAUCGACGAAUUCAGGAGAAGGAGGAGGAAUUCGAGAAUACAAGGAAGAAUCAUCAGCGAGCACUUGAUUCUAUGCAAGCGUCACUCGAGGCUGAGGCCAAGGGCAAGGCUGAGGCACUCAGGAUGAAGAAGAAGCUCGAGGCUGACAUCAAUGAGCUUGAGAUUGCCCUUGAUCAUGCUAAUAAGGCUAAUGCUGAGGCUCAGAAGAAUAUCAAGAGAUAUCAGCAGCAACUCAAGGAUGUACAGACUGCACUUGAGGAGGAGCAGAGGGCUAGGGAUGAGGCUAGGGAGCUUCUUGGUAUCUCUGAGCGCAGGGCCAAUGCUCUUCAGAAUGAACUCGAGGAAAGUCGCACUCUUCUUGAACAAGCUGAUCGUGCACGCAGACAGGCUGAGCAGGAGCUCGCUGAUGCACAUGAACAACUCAAUGAUAUCAGUGCACAGAAUGCAUCCAUCUCCGCUGCUAAGAGGAAAUUGGAGGCUGAGUUACAGACCCUUCAUUCUGACCUCGAUGAACUCCUCAAUGAGGCCAAGAACUCUGAAGAGAAGGCGAAGAAGGCAAUGGUUGAUGCAGCCAGAUUGGCCGAUGAGCUUAGAGCUGAACAGGAUCAUGCUCAGACACAAGAGAAAUUGCGUAAAGCACUUGAGGCACAGAUCAAGGAACUCCAGGUACGUUUGGACGAGGCUGAGGCCAAUGCACUCAAGGGUGGCAAGAAGGCAAUUCAGAAAUUGGAGCAACGCGUCAGGGAACUCGAGAACGAACUCGAUGGUGAACAGAGAAGACACGCUGAUGCACAGAAGAAUCUGCGCAAGGCUGAGCGUCGCAUCAAAGAACUCAGCUUCCAGGCUGAUGAGGACCGCAAAAACCACGAGCGCAUGCAGGACCUCGUUGACAAACUGCAACAGAAGAUCAAGACGUACAAGAGGCAGAUCGAGGAGGCUGAGGAAAUUGCCGCACUCAAUCUUGCUAAAUUCCGCAAGGCACAGCAGGAGCUUGAGGAAGCUGAAGAGAGAGCAGACCUCGCUGAACAGGCAAUCACAAAGUUCCGUACUAAGGGAGGACGUGGAGGUAGCCAAGCCCGUGGCCUUAGCCCAGCGCCACACCGACCAGCUUUCAAAACCCCAUUCGAUGGUUCCUCAUUCCCGCCAAGGUUCGAUCUACAGCCUGACGGUGAUUUUUAAAGCGCCUACCAUCCCACUUAUCAUCACUAAUUAAAUUCAACAUCAUAUUCCUCAAAAGUGUCACAAUACAUUCACUGAUGCUUUGUCAACGAUGAAUCAUUUAUCCAAUAAUUCAACAGGUAUCAGCACUUGUUUAUAACUUUUUCAUUGGGUACAGCUUAAGCCUUCUUCAAUCAUCAGUUUUAUGAAUAUAAUCGCUGGAUUACAUCAUCAAAUAAAUGUGUGAAAAUAUUUGCGUGAGAAGAAGAAUCGCUUGUGACAUUAUAGAUCUGUUUUUAAAUGUUUAUUGAUAUUUCUGAUUUAUGAAGUAAAUGGAUUAAUCAGCUGUUCGUUAACUGUACCCACGAGUGCUGUCCUGUUCUAUAAACUAAUUUAGUUUAUAAAAUGACAAAAUGAAAAAAAAACGAAACAUGUAUUUAUUAAAAUAAAUAAGCAAUAAAUCUAA